AUGGAACAAAUAAAGAGGGCAAAUAAACUGUUCACAAAUGACUGUAUAUUUCUGAGGAAAACCCUGAAUAUUCCGGUUAUAUCAGAGAAACCGUUACUGUUCAAUGGACUUAAUUCACUGGAGUCUCCCGAGGGUGAAACUGUUGACAGCUCCCCUUCUUGUGAUGAAGGACUAGUGACAGUUCAGGAAGAAAGUAGUUCUUCUCCCAGUCCUCAAGAGCCUGACAAUCAGCCCACUGCACCAGAAGAACUGUCUGCCAAAGAUUUCCUACAAAGGUUGGACUUGCAGAUUAAGUUAUCCAAACAAGCAGCCAGAAAACUAAAAGAUGACAGUGUCAG